GCCAGCGGCGCUGGGAGAGCCCGCCGCCCUUCUGCCGCCCGCUUCCCCGGCGCUCCAGCCCAGCCAGCCCGCGCCUCUGCCGAGCGAUCAAGACAACCCAAUUUUAGAAUGGAGAUUUCUUCCCACCAGUUCCAUCUCUUGCAACAAUUAAAUGAACAGCGCAGGCAAGACUUAUUUUGUGACUGCAACAUUUUGGUUGAGGGGAAGGUCUUCAAAGCACACCGGAAUGUGCUGUUCGCUAGUAGUGGCUACUUCAAAAUGCUCCUUUCGCAGUGCUCAAAGGAAAGCAGUCAGCCAACAACAGCAACCUUCCAGGCAUUUUCUCCUGAAACGUUUUCAGUGAUUCUGGAUUUUGUGUAUUCAGGCAAACUCUCCCUCACUGGCCAGAAUGUGAUUGAGGUCAUGUCAGCUGCCAGCUAUCUUCAAAUGACUGAUGUUAUUAGUGUUUGUAAGACAUUCAUUAAAUCCUCACUGGACAUCAGCGAGAAGGAAAAAGAUCGCUAUUUUAGUCUCUCGGACAAGGAGGUGAACUCAAACGGCGUGGAGCGUCUGUGUUUGUAUGGGGCUGGGUGGAGAGCAGAGAGCAGCCCUCCCCAUUCCCACUUAAGCCCAGAUCAAGGGACAUGCAUAGUGGGUGGGAAUUCAUGGACUGGUUUCAACUAUUUCCCAGCUACUCAGAGAAAUGCCCAGCAGCUGUCCAAGCACGAUCAAAGGCAAGACCCAAUGAAGAAAACCAGUAGACACAUAGGAUUGCCACAACCCUCUGAUGUCCCACACUAUAAAUCGAGCAAGCUUGAAGACCGAGCUCCAGAGCCUGCAAGUCAUGCUCCUACAUCUGAAGAGGAUGUCCAAAUUGAUUCGGAAGGUGACUCUGGCCAUGCGGGCUACCAGUACAGCCAGGGAUCUGAAACAGUCCCAAGAGGUUUGGCCGUGUCACAGCAAGAGCGUGAUUCUCCACAUCCUCCUGCUAAGUCAAAAUCUUCCAAAGCGGAUGAGCCAUACACUAGCAUGCCCUCAGUAUUGGGUGUAAUGGGGAACUGGGCAGAUGAUGAUCUGCCUAGGAUGAGGUUCAAAUGUCCCUUCUGCACUCAUGUGGUGAAACGGAAAGCAGACCUGAAACGACACCUUCGCUGUCAUACAGGAGAACGGCCGUAUCCGUGUGAAGCGUGUGGAAAGAGAUUCAGCAGGCUGGAUCAUUUGAGCAGCCAUUUCCGAACAAUUCAUCAAGCUUGUAAGCCUAUCUGCAGAAAAUGCAAGCGCCAUGUGACUGAGAUGACAGGACAGGUGGUCCAAGAAGGGACAAGACGUUACAGACUUUGUAAUGAAUGUCUCUCUGAAGCCGGCAUAGACAGCAUCCGCAUUGAUUUAGACACUGAGCCACCACCUGAAUUCCCACUAGAAGAGGACAAGGAUUCGAGCUGGAAUUACGGUGAAGACAACAGAUCUGAUGUAGAAAUUGUGGAGGACGGGUCUACUGAUUUGGUCAUCCAGCAAGUGGACGAUAGUGAUGAUGAAGCCGAGGAAAAAGAUAUAAAACCAAACAUUAGGUAGUUAUGAAUGGACUGGAUGUUAAAUGAAAGUUCCCCCUUUACGUUGUCAUUCCUUUGUCUUGGCCAUUGACUCCCAACAUACAAUCUAUUCUAGAGGCUUUCUAUGACUUGGGCUAAACUUGCAUGCAUUUAUGGACAUGCCAUUGUGUCUAUUUUGAAUUUAGUUACUCGGCGUAUCAAUAUUUUGUUGCAUAAGCAAGCAUCUAUCCCGAGAUGCUAUCAUGUAUGAACAAUUAACUGCUGAACUGCAACUGUGAUAACUUUUGAUAGCAUAAAAUGGAUCUCUUCUCAAACCUUUUUCAAUGUUGGGGAGCACUUCAAAAUAAAGUAAACAACUUCA